AUGUCCUCUUACUUCUCGUCGUUCACCACCUCCACCGCAAUCUCCAACAUCAGCACUCGCUUCACAUCCCUGCGCCGCGCGCUCUCCUCUGGCGACGAGACUGACGACCCAGACCACGAGGAUAACUCUCACAUCUCUCACGUCUUACGCGCAUACUACACAGAAAAAGGCCGCCGCCUUCCCCCCUGGCUUCCUCCAGACCCCAAAUCGUCACAACCCCCACCGCCCGCCGUCGCUACACAGACAUCAUUCCAAGGAUACGGCGGUCAACCCAGCGCCCCCGCUGGCCGUGGGGGAGGCGGUCGCGGAGGACUGGGUGAUUUAUGGGGAGACACCGCUCCAGCAUCUGCGCCGGCACAACCGCAAACGUCGAGUCUCCGAUUAGGCCGGGGUGCAAACGCACCUGCUUCAGGCUUACCUGGGCGUCCGUCGCCGUCGGGUACACCGCGUCAUCCAUUUGAUCGAUCACAAUCUGCGCGUCAACCGGGAAGCGCAGGAAACGUGGGCAGCGGCGGUGCAAGACCCCUUCCUAGUCAGAUGGCGGGGUCAUAUCAGACGUCUCAGGCUGCACAGACUCGGCCUGGAGGACCAGACCGUACUCUGUCUGCUGCUUCUGCACAGGAAAGAUUGAGGGCGAGGUUACACGGUGGAAGUGGAGGUGCUGGUUACGGAGGCGGAAAUAUGGCACGGAAACCUUUGGCAGGUCCUCGCUGA